AGCAAAGUCUGCUACUCGCGCUAGUCGGGAGGAUGGGGUCGAUGGUUGAGGGGUGCCCAGACAUCUAGUGCUAGGCGAUACCUCCAGAUUUACGUUGUCUGAUGAUUACCAAAAGCUUUAGAAGAUAAAUGAAGAUUUUCACAUUAAAAUAACCUCUCGGAGGCUCGCAGCAGCUCUCAGCCAUGUCUCAGGAGAGCCUGUCGGACCUGGCCAAUGAGAACACCCCUCUGGUAGCCCCGCCCUUCACCCUUGACCUCCUGUCGCCACACGGUGCCCUCCUGGACGCCGAGCUCAGCCAGAAGAACAAAAUAAAAGUCUCUUCUUCCUCCUCCUCCACCAACACCGUCACCUCUUCCUCAUCCCCCAAGUGCCGCCGGAAGUAUGCCACCACCACCCCUGCCGACCUCCUCAACGGGAUGCUGGGACUGGGAGUCGGGGACCCGCAGGGGGACGACGACACCUCCUCCAGCAGCCCCUGGCAACGGGGGGAGGAGGUGGAGCUGCUAGGCAAUCACCCCGACAACGGGCAUCAUCACCACGGCGGGCAGCAGGGCAGCAAUAACGCCAAGUGGGUCAAGGAGGGUCAGAACCAGCUCCGCAAAGUGGCGGAGAAGCAACAGGACCCAAACCUGAACGACAGUCCCGACCAGAACCUCAACAUUAGCAUCGACACCGGGACGGACGAAAGCUCGGACGGCAACCCCAACCACAACUCACUAGUGCUUCCAGAGGAGGAGGACGACGGUGGAAGUGACGCGGAGAAGAACAACACCUCCAACAAGACCCUCAGGACCCUGUGUCUGGAACUGGACGGCAAGCGGACGGGUGACGACGGAGUGCUCCUCAUCGACUCCUCCUCCGAGCGCCCUUCCUCUCCUCGUCAUCAUCUGAGUAAGGAGCGGGAGAACCUGGAGGAGGAGAAGGAGGUGGAGGAUGAGGAGGAGGACGAGGACGAGGAGGAAGAUGACGAAGAGGAGGAGGAUGAAGAGACUAUGCCGUCGAGUGGAGAGAAGGACUCGGACUCGUCUGAGACGCAGAGCCACAGCGAGGAGAGGAGUGGAGAGGGGGACAGUGGGAAGGAGGGCUCUGGCCUGAAGACGGGGGCGGGGGUGCCCAGCGAUGAGGACUCCAGCUGCAUGUCUCUGUCACAGGGGAGCACGGCCAACAGCACCCCAGACGGGGAGACUGAGUCCUACUGGGACCGCAGCGAGUUUGAGACGGACGCGGACCUGCCGUCCGGGUGGAUGCGGGUGCGGGACACCACGGGCACCUACUACUGGCACAUCCCCACGGGCACCACGCAGUGGACGCCGCCCUCGCCCCAGGAGGAGGAGGAGGCGGCCAGGCAGGGGGAGACCGAGGGCGAGGGCGAUGGGGAUGUGGAGGGAGAGGGAGAGGGCGAUGGGGAGAGCGGCACAGCCUCCGAGAGGCCCUCCAGCACCUCCCCUGUCGUCACGCCCAGCGAGGAGGAGGCACAGGUCAUAUGGAGGGGACCCUCGCGUCACAACAGGUUCAACGACGAGGACCUGUGGAAGGAUGAUGUGACAUCUGAUCAAAGUCUGAAAGACUUUGAGGGGGCAACACUCCGCUAUGCCUCCAUCAACUUGAGUUGCACCCAGUCUGAAGCGGAACAGAAACUUGAUGGCUAUAUCACAGACUCAGAGGCAAAGUGUUUUGCGGUGCGCUCGCUGGGCUGGGUGGAGAUCUCGGAGGAGGAGAUGGCUCCUGGCAAGAGCAGCGUGGCCGUCAAUAACUGCAUCCGACAGCUCUCAUACCACAAACACAACCUGCACGACACGGCAGGCAUCUGGGGAGAGGGUAAAGACAUGCUGCUGGUGCUGGAGCAGGAGACUUUGAAGCUCAUCGACCCGCUCAGCCAGACGCUGCUGCACUCACAGCCCAUCAUCAGCAUCCGCGUCUGGGGGGUGGGCCACGACAACGGCAGGGAUUUUGCGUAUGUGGCGCGAGACAAGUUGACGCAUGUCCUGAAGUGUCACGUGUUCCGAUGCGACACCCCAGCCAAGAACAUUGCCACCAGCAUGCACGACAUCUGCUCAAAGAUCAUGGCCCAGAGGAAGUCCUCCAAGACCUCCGUCAGCAAGAUGCAGGUGGACCCCUCCAAGCUGCUGGACAUGCCCUUUCAGGAAUUUCCCGUACCAAAGAAUGAGCUGGUGCAGCGUUUCCAGGUGCAGUACCUCGGUAACGUGGGCGUGGCUAAACCCGUAGGUAAGGGACGUUUUGGAAUGGAGAUUAUCAAUAGUGCCCUGGAGACGGCCCUAAACACCAAAGAGAAAGAGGACUGGACGCCGGUGACGGUCAACGUGGCCUCGGCUACACUGACUAUACUGCAGGCUGAGACGGAGGAAGUGCUGUCGGAGUGCCGUGUGCGUUUCCUGUCGUUCAUGGGUGUGGGGAAGGACGUGCACACGUUUGCCUUCAUCAACGCAGAGGCGGCGGGCCACUUCGCGUGCCACAUGUUCUGGUGCGAGCCCAACGCCGCCAGCCUGAGCGAGGCCGUGCAGGCGGCAUGCAUGCUCCGGUACCAGAAGUGUCUGGACGCGCGGCCCCCGAGCAGCAGCGGAUCCUGUCUGCCGGGCCCCCCCGCCGAGUCGGUUGCCAGGCGCGUGGGCUCCAGCGUCAGGAAGGGCGUGCAAAGCCUGCUGGGAAGCUUCAGGCGCUCCGGCUCACAGACCCCAUAGGAGGAGGAGGACGGCACCUCUACACACACACACACACACACACACACACACACACACACACACACACACACACACACACACACACACACACACACACACACACACACACACACACACACACACACACACACACACACAAACACUCCGGCUCACAGACCCCAUAGGAGGACAGCACCUCUACUCGCACACACACCCACCUACACACCUACGCUCUCACACACACACACACCGGCUCACAGACCCCAUAGGAGGAGAACAGCACCUCUACAGACAUCACACACACACACACACACACACACACACACACACACACACACACACACACACACACACACACACACACACACACACACACACACACACACUCCGGCUCACAGACCCCAUAGGAGGAGGACGACACCUCUACACACACACUACCACCAUACGCUACACGCACACUACCACUCCCUACACGCUACACACCCACUACCAUUACGCGCUACACACAUACUCUUGCUCCCAGAAACCAUAGGAGGACUACACACACACACACACACACUACACACUACAAACACACUCCUUCUCCCAGACAGACCCUCACACUGACUCCCAGGUGCCAUUGGAGGAGGACGAUGAUACAGCCUGAAC